GAUAACGAUAACGAAGAAGUUGGCGCUUUCCAGCGAUUCGAAUAGUCCAGUGUACGCGUAACUGGCCGAUUAUCAAUCGCUGUGUGUUGUGAUAAUGUCUGUAAUCAAAUGAGACGUCUACAAUGGGGAGCGACUCGUGAUGCAGUUUUUCUCGGCGAUACCCUGGCAUUCCAUCGACAGUAGACACCGCUAGCAAAUCUCGACUCGGCGAAUUCCCAGGACGCAUCAUGCCCGCCUGCCUCGGCACUGAUCGCACAGGCGCUCUCGAAUUCAGAAUGCUCACCAAGGACAGAAUCGAGGAUGCCCUGACCGUACAGCAGCACUCUAUGCGACAAGAGUGUAUCGCAAUCGGCAUGGGCAUGUACGAGGAUCCCGGCGCUCCCGAAGAGAUGCAGUUGGUCUUUAGGGAGGUCAUCAAGGACGGAUGCACGGUGAUCGCGGUCGAUCGAUCGGAUCGCGUUGUCGCUGUGGCGUUCAACAAGUUACAUGUGCCUCCCCAGCCAGAAGAAACAGAUCCCUUAGGAUUAUUUAUAGAAAGUAACAUUAAGCAUCGCUCGUGCCGGGAUCUGAUUGAGUUCAUCGACGACAUAGAAUCGCGAGUAGACGUCUUCGGGAAAUACAACGCGCGGGGUGCCAUGGAAAUCUUUUACAUAGGCACGGAUCCGAAAUGUCAGGAGCGCGGUAUCGGUCUGGAAAUCACGCAGAAGAGCCUCGAGGUUGCGCGGGGCUUACGCGCUAGAAAACUGAAGCAGAUCUGCGUAGCCGAUAAAAUCGUCAACGAGUACGUGCGACCGGAAGUGGCUUUUGCCGUCGCCGCCUCGAUCUUCAGUCAACGAAUCAUGGAAAAAUUGGAUUUCGAAACACUCGCCGAAGUGCGGUAUGAAGAUUACAUACGUGGCGGCAAAAAGAUGUCCGACAGGAUAGGCAAUGUCCACAAGACUGCCACAUUAACCGCCCGCAAGCUCUGACAACGUCGAAUUUUAUUCUGGACUUUACAUAAACGUAGUCAUUCGCUUUUAUAUCAAAAUAAAAGCAUUAGUAUCUAAAAUUCGCUCCAAAGAGAGGGAAAGAUUGUAUUUUAAUUAAAAGGUUGUCAGGAGAACCAGAAAUAUUAAAAAUCGCAUAAAUUUAAAACAAACUCUUAUAAAUAAUGUCAGCAUGUAAAUUUCUUUAAUUAUUUUAUCGGUUAAUUUUUUAGAACAUUAAACAAAGUUCAAGAUUCACUAUAAAUCAGAAAAUAUUUAUAUCUACGUACAAAGACCAGUGAAAGUGAAACUAGUUGGCGUGUUCACUGUUAUGUAAAUUGUUAAAAAUGCAUUAAAAAUUAUCUUUACUAGUUAACCCCA